ACUUCUCUCUCAGACCAAGCAAUUAUUUAGUACACUCCUUAGUUUUAUCUUCUUCAUCACUAUUUUUGUAUAACACCAAAACCCCACCUCUCAGACACCACAGCCAUUGUUCUAAAACCAAAAAAAAAUGGGGAGAGGAAGAGUGGAGCUGAAGAGGAUAGAAAACAAGAUCAACAGACAAGUGACCUUCUCUAAGAGAAGAAAUGGUUUGCUUAAGAAAGCUUAUGAGCUUUCUGUUCUUUGUGAUGCUGAGGUUGCUCUUAUCAUCUUCUCUAGUCGUGGCAAGCUCUACGAGUUUGGCAGUUCAGGUAUGAGCAAGACCCUUGAGCGAUACCAGCGUUGCUGCUUUACUCCUCAAGACAACAGCCUUGAACGCGAAACACAGAAUUGGUACCAAGAGGUAACCAAGUUAAAGGCAAAAUAUGAAACACUGCAACGCACUCAAAGGCAUUUGCUUGGAGAAGAUCUCGGACCAUUGAAUGUUAAGGAGCUGCAAAACCUUGAGAAACAGCUUGAAGGAGCUCUUGCACUGGCUAGACAAAGGAAGACACAGAUCAUGAUAGAACAAAUGGAAGACCUCCGCAAAAAGGAGCGUGAGCUUGGAGACCUUAACAAACAGCUGAAAAUCAAGCUAGAGGCAGAAGGACAAAACCUCAAAACAAUCCAAGGUUUAUGGAGUAGUGGUGCAGUAGCUGAAACUAGCAACUUUCCUCUGCAUCCUUCUCACCCACAUCCUAUGGAUUGUGAUCAUGAACCUGUUCUGCAAAUAGGGUACCAUAACUUUGUUCAGGCUGAAGGAUCUUCAGUCCCAAAAAGCAUGGCUGGUGAGACCAACUUCAUCCACGGAUGGGUCAUUUGAGCCCUCUCCUAAAAACAACACAGCUAAAUAUAAUAUAUAUAUAUAUAUAUAUAUAUAUAUAAUAUUUUUCUGAUUUUGUCUCUUGUUUUUUGUUUGGGAUUUGUAAUAUUGCCAUCAUAUAUAUAGAGAGAGACAGCUUGUUCAAGUGUACAACAUAAGAAAACAUGCAUGGAUCUUAAGGAGCAUUUCUCCUCUAUUGUGAUAUAUACUGCUUUUUACUGUUA